CCGUAAAUUAACUCCGACAGAUAGCUAUAGUUAUGUGUAGUCAUUUAUCUUAUCAAUUAAAAUAAAAAUGCAGUUGUUUAAACACGAGUUUUAUUUAAAUGCGCUCUUUUACGGAAAUCUCAGACAAUAAAAUGAAGAUUUUAGUCACAUUUCUGUCGGUUUUGUGCUUUACAAUCGCACAGGAUUAUAACUGUACCACCGCUGGCAGGUUCAGGUACAGGGAUCCAACUUGUCGUUCCUAUUAUUUAUGCGUCUUGUACAAUGGGGCGUACGUUAAAAGCGACUAUACUUGUCCCAGUACCAUGGUUUUUGACCCAACGAGUCAAGCAUGCUCCGGUACCGCCGUCUGUAUCGACAACAUUUGCUCCACCCAACCCUUGAUUCCCCUGUUUCCCAAACUACCAGACCCCAACGGUCCCGACUGUCGCACUUACAUCCAGUGCAUGGGCCUGGUUGACAAAUAUCCCGUGAUCGGGACCUGUCCCAGUGGCCUCCUCUUCGACCAGGAUUUCAGCCCACAGGCAGAUUGCUGGAUACAAGGAAAUUGCACAGUGACGGGUUUUGCCCAUGAAACCCUCUCAGAGGGUACCAUCUGUAAGGCAUCUGGAAGGUUCAGACACAGGGAUCGCACAUGUAGGAGCUAUUUCUUGUGCGUCCAUUCUCACGGUUCUCUGGUUGCAAGAGAUUACGUUUGCCCAGAAACCACAAUUUUUAACCCUACCACCAACCGCUGCUCUGCAUCAGCACAUUGCAUAGAAGAUAUCUGUCGGAAUUUACCAUCAUGGGUUACCAAAGUAGCUGACCCAAAUGGUACCAGCUGCAAAACGUACAUUGAGUGCGUUGGGUCAAGACAUAACAGGCGGCCUGUUGUAAACACGUGCGGGAUUGGUUAUUUUGAUAAGGAUUUAUUGAAUUGUGGUUUAAUACCAAAUUGUUAAAAAUAAAUUUGGUCAAUAAUUAAAUUGUCUUAAUUUUUACAUUGUGCUGGAAAAGCUCAAACACGCAAUUUAUGGUGUCAUUAUAGAGAUUAUUUUGUUCUUCAAACGUAAAAUUCCCCGUAACGAUAAACACCGUGGCCUAAGUUUGCUUAAAUUUUUUUUUGCGGCCAUAAAUCACUAAUCUGUUAAUCCGGGAUGCAAUAAUUAAACAAAACAGAAUAUUUGCAACUCUUUAUUUAAACUUGCACCUGAAUAAGCCCAUUCUUUGGUUCCACCGAGUGAACACAACAAUGAAAAUUUUGGUGCAUUUAGUCUUGGUGUUUGCGUUAUUGCACCAAACGUGGGGCCUUAACUGCGUAGCUCCUGGGGUUUUUAAAGAACCAAGAGACCCAACAUGUAAAAAGUACUACACAUGCACCCUGGUUUUAGGAAUGUAUUAUCUCAAAAGUAGUAGUGAGUGCGGAACUAUGCAACGAUUCAAUCCAACUACUCAAAAGUGCGAUUUAACAUCGAUUUGUAUCGACAGUUUUUGCGAUAAUCAGCUUCCUCUGGCCACUUUACCGGAUCCCAAUGCUCUUAACCCGGCUUGUAGACAGACCUAUAUACAGUGUGUUGGAAUCACAAAUCAGUACCCAGUCAUCGAACAGUGUGCGGCAGGAUGCUGCUAAAGGAUACGUUAUGAAUUAUGAAUUGUACACACAUAAAGACCUAAUAAACAUAUAAUUGCAUAUUAAA